CUUCGUCUAAGUUUACUUCUCAUGAGAAAACUAUCAGGACACGCACGUGCAUCGAAUCAUACGGAGGCUGCGAUUGAGUAAGUAAGGAGUGAAUAAUAUUUGCUUGUUUUAAAAAUGUUCAGUAAGUACUAGUUCAGUAAGUACUAGUUCAGUAAGUACUAUCAUGGCCGCCGGUGUCCGUCUUUGGAUAGCAGCAGCUUUGCAGCAAGCAUGCGGUGGAUUUGCAGUCAGCCUUCGCAGUUUUGCAACUCCUUAUCCGGUCGUAGAAAAAUUUACGAGUCCGCUUGGUUCUGAAGUGGACUUUCUGUCGGACGCGCCAGCCGAUCAUGUCGCUUCGCGAGAGCACCCAAAUUCGCAGGAUCAAACAGCCGACACGACCUGCAGCGUUUGCCUCGAGUCUGACGCUCCACUGAUUCCCGGCCCCUACGACUGCAGUCACGGAUUCUGCGGAGAUUGCCGCACGUCCCCCAGCUUUCUCGUCCCGGCGCUGCGGCGCUGCCCGAUGUGCCGCCGGGAUCCAAUGAAUCUGCGGUUGUUGCGCGAACGACUUUCCUACCUACAGUGCGUCGCGGCCACAACAGAAGACUGCUGGGAGCCGACUUACUUGGACACUGUUUCCGGCAGUUUUAUUCGGUCAUCAAAAUCCUCAACAACGCCCUGUUCGGGAAGCUGCUUUGCCCGUGGUCCUCGGGAACACAGUGCUGCUGGAAGUAGUAGCACGACCUUGUCGCAGACUUCGACUGCGGAGACCAGUAGCGGCACAGAGGAUGGUCCCCAGACAGGUCGUAAUGGUCCUGCAGCCACCGUGGUAGGGCGACAAGCAAUUUUUUUGUCAACGACUUCGUCUUCAGAGGAAAACGCUGCUGAUCGCGAAGCCAGUGUAGUUCCACAGCAGGAAAUUGUAGCGCAUGAUCCAGUUCGUCCUUACACGCCUCCGGACCUCUCGUCUGAUGAUCUACCGCGAAUAGUAGAGCAGCCUAUCUCACUCUUCGAUGCUGAGACCAUACCCAAGAGAUGGGAAUGCUGCGGACUGCUCGAGUAUGAAGACGACGAGGCAGCUCCUGAAGCUUGUCCUGAAGAAAUUGGAGUAGAGAUUGAAGACGCGCCGGACGAUGAGGAAUCCGGUGGGCCGCAGCGUGAAACUGGCAUCCCGCUUCCUGUUCUGAAGGAACUAGCCCAGUAUGCGGUCGAGUUCCUCGACGACAUCGCGCCGUCUGCACAGCACUGGGACAGGAAGAAACAUGAGAGAGACCCGCACUGGUCUCUCUUCGCGUCAUGUUUUUUGCACCAGGACGCGCCGGGUGGAAAUGGCGAAACAGGAUCAUGCACUAAACGUGACAUUGACGAGCUAAUUUUCUAUCUCGCCGCACUGAAGCUGUGCUUACCAUAUCCAGACGUGGGACGAGUCGUUGACUUGCUUCCGCUGAUGACUCUGGCGGUACCGCCGGCGGACGCGGAAAAUCCGAGCGAGAGUUCUGUUGAUCAAAGUGGCGGAGCAGAAGCAGAAUCGGCACCGACUCUGCGGGUACCGGCCUACCGCGUUUUUCGCACAGAUUCCACCGUGGUGAUCUACGACUGCGCGCAGCACCGCUAUGUACUCUUACCAGAGACGGAGAAUUAUGAAACAAGGCGUGAAACCGAAUCGGAGCGUGAUUCUCCUCUUCUUGCCAGAGCGUGCCGCUCCGCCGGUGAGCUGCUAAAAGAUACGGCCGUAGUCACAAAGGAGUUGCUCGCUUCUAGCGGUCCAUUUUGUACAGUAACUCCCGAAGAAAUGCAGGCGGAGAGAAAGAGACAGGAAGAAGCUGCUGUUGUGAAAAAAAGCUUACGGAAGGUGAUAGCUCAGUUUUUGCGGCACAGCAGCUCUGCGUCGUUUUUUCCUGCUCGUCCACCAUGCGACGCCGCCACAUCCUCUUCUGCCUCGUCCAGUUUUUCGCAUUGCCUUCCGCUCUCCCACGCCGAGAGGGAACACCGACGGCGGGCACGACGAAAGGACGCGCGCGCUAUCCGAAGGCUACUGGAUCGCUUACCUCUGCGAAAACGGUCGUGGCGGAACAGCGCUGGCCUUGCCCAUGCGGGGUUGAUACUGUUUGUUUGGACCCUCGUGUCAAGCAUUCCCGUGGCGGUGAUGAUGGAGCGUCGGGUGAUAGCAGUCGUGAUCGGCCCCAUACUUUUGUUUGUAGGUGGCUUUACCGAGUGGCGUACCAGCUUAGCCAAGCAACGGAAGCUGUUAGACGCAAUUCAGAGAAGCAGUGAAUAUGUGUAGAUAUUGUUUCUUCUGCGCGGUUCGUACAAAACGGCCGACAGUUGGCGGGGGGAAUUGGCGUACCCAUAGUUGCUGCUCCUUUCGAGAAUAAAGAAAUCUCACAGAUAUGACGAAUUUUGUUUUUCGAUAAUUCUUGCCCCUGGCAGUCUGCAAACUC